GCAUCUCUCCCGCCACCGCCAGACCAACCUCGCUCUCACCACAGAUCCAUUACUGUCUGCGUGAGUCGCCUGGACUGUUCGUCCCAAUAAACAACGUUACCUCCAUCUCAACAUCUCCAAUCCACUAUAAUUCAACAUGAGGGAAUGUAUCUCUAUCCACGUCGGCCAGGCCGGAGUCCAGAUGGGCAAUGCAUGCUGGGAGUUGUAUUGCCUGGAGCACGGCAUCCAGCCUGAUGGCCAGAUGCCCUCGGACAAGACCCUCGGGGCUGGGGACGACUCCUUCAACACCUUCUUCAGCGAGACUGGAGCAGGGAAACACGUCCCCAGGGCCGUCUUCGUUGACCUUGAGCCAACUGUUGUCGAUGAGGUCCGUUCCGGCACCUACCGCCAGCUGUUCCACCCCGAGCAGCUCAUCACCGGCAAGGAGGACGCCGCCAACAACUACGCCCGUGGCCACUACACCGUGGGCAAGGAGCUGAUUGAUUCUGUUCUGGACAGACUUAGGAAGCUAGCUGACCAGUGCUCUGGACUCCAGGGCUUCCUCAUCUUCCACAGCUUCGGUGGCGGUACUGGCUCCGGCUUCAGUUCACUGCUGAUGGAGCGACUGAGCGUUGACUACGGAAAGAAGUCCAAACUGGAAUUUUCUAUCUACCCCGCUCCUCAGAUCUCUACCGCCGUCGUGGAGCCCUACAACUCCAUCUUGACCACCCACACAACCCUGGAACACUCCGACUGCGCCUUCAUGGUCGACAACGAGGCUAUCUACGACAUCUGUCGACGCAACCUUGAUAUUGAGCGACCAACGUACACCAAUCUGAACCGUCUGAUUGGCCAGAUUGUCAGCUCUAUCACUGCCUCUCUCCGAUUUGACGGUGCCCUGAACGUGGAUCUGACUGAGUUCCAGACCAACUUGGUGCCCUACCCACGUAUCCACUUCCCUCUGGCUACCUAUGCCCCAGUCAUCUCUGCGGAGAAAGCCUACCACGAGCAGCUGACUGUCGCUGAGAUCACCAGCGCUUGUUUCGAGCCCGCUAAUCAGAUGGUCAAAUGCGAUCCCCGUCACGGCAAGUACAUGGCCUGUUGUCUGCUUUUCCGAGGAGACGUCGUCCCGAAGGACGUCAACGCUGCCAUCGCUACCAUCAAGACCAAGAGAAGCAUCCAGUUCGUCGAUUGGUGUCCCACUGGUUUCAAGGUUGGCAUUAACUACCAGCCACCAACAGUUGUCCCCGGUGGUGACCUGGCCAAGGUCCAGAGAGCCGUCUGCAUGUUGAGCAACACCACUGCUAUUGCCGAGGCCUGGGCUCGUCUUGACCACAAGUUCGAUCUGAUGUACGCCAAGCGAGCCUUCGUCCACUGGUACGUGGGUGAGGGUAUGGAGGAGGGAGAGUUCUCCGAGGCCCGUGAGGACUUGGCUGCUCUGGAGAAGGACUACGAGGAGGUUGGAGUCGACUCCAAAGAUGCAGAGGAGGAUGAGGGUGACGAGUACUAACACCGCAGUCCCCUGAAAAAUGUCAUUCAGUUACCACAAGCCUUUCAAACCCUCUCUUGGCAUGUCUUCAGAAACACUAACGAACUUCCAGUAACAAACUUAUUGUGAAUCAUUCCGACAUAAACAGAGAUCGUUUCCAA